AGCACACCACCAAGGAGAGCAUGGCAACGCAGAGAUCCACUCUCUGGACGUGGUCCCUCCUGGUGUCGUGUUUGGUAAGACCAGCCGCGGGGUUCGUAGGCAAUGCCGCCGCCCUUCGGCUGACAACAACAGAGAGUGCUUGUCCCAGAACAUCCGCACGCUCGCGCGCUGCUGCCGCCGAGAGCAGCACACUGCUGUGCGAAAUGCGACGACGACGCGUCGCUGCAGGGGGUGUUGGGGGACUACAAGCUGCAUUUGAGGUGGAGUUGGACCGAGGCUUGGAAAUUGGGAGCGUCCUGGUCGCGGGAGCUGACAACUACGGAAGCAUGACGUUCAAGGCCGUCGCGCUAGUUUACGAGCACGGAGAAGGAGGGCCGUCAAGAGCGGUUUGCGUAGACAAAGGGUUGGACUUCACGAUCGGGGAGAUGUCGACCGGAGACCUCGGACCGCUUUCCAACAACCGACUUUUUCGGGGCGGUGAUGACGGCGGGGAGGCCGCCAUCAUGAUCCACCCGCACGACAUCAUGGGGUCGAGGCCGUUGGGCGACACGGGCCUGUUCGUGGGAGGCUUCGUGACCGCCUUGGAUCUCGUGGAGGAAAACAAGGCGAAACCCAGCGACUUCAAGUUUUUCUUCAACCAUCUCUCUUGGCCGGCGGGUGCUCUGCAGGAGCAGGUGGGCAAGGGCCUGUGGAAGGUAGUCCGACUGCCGAAGGACGUGCUGCUCGAGACGAAACGAAUGCGUGACAUGGAGCUGUGGGGUCGGAUCGAGUUUGCCCUCCAGAAGAAGGCGGAGCAAUGACGAAAAUGCGAGAGUCAAACCAACGGCCGUCAGUCGGGGCGGAGCAUAAGCUCCGGCGAUGAUACCAUUUACUGGCGGAAAACGGGGCUACUCCACGUUCAGUUUGUUGUGUGCCGUCUUUUUCGCGCGACGGCGGUUUCCCACCAAGAAGCUUGUUUUUCGGUGUCUUCGGGCUUACGGGCAUUCAACAAUGUACAGUAAAUACAUGUGCGCCUUCUGCAAGUCAUGGGUAACUUCGCUUCGGACAGAGUUUUGUGUUUUCGACAUGUUGUCGAGCGCUGCCAAUCGCGUGCGACAACCAAACAUGACGCACCGGUGCUGCUGUCGCAAAGUCUAUUGCGCCGCUAGGUGACACUACUGCGGCGCUGCGGCGGCCUGUGUUUCCCACAAGAAGGCUGUCUGCCCCUGUGCAUGCGCAUUCUCGUUCCGUUAGUCCACCAACGGGGCCGUACGUUGAUUAUCCCCCGACUUUCAGCGGAAAAGAUAGAUACACUCACAAGGUUAACCUUACGAAAAAAUAGCAAAUCGGGCCACUCUCGAUUUGAUUGGGUGUGUACGUGUUUUUUCAUCCUAUUUCUUAUGGCGA